AAUAAAAAAACUUGUAGUAACUGUUACGUAAUAAGUUAUUACGCUUAUUGAUCAAACACUGAUAAACAAUCUAAAUGGCUAACAGGUACCCGAUUUGUCAUGACAUGAUAAACACGGGAUAAUAUUUAAUCUCGUGAAUGGUUCCCGUACCGGACAGUUCAAAAGUGGAUAGUUUUUCAAGGCGUGUAACUCAAGUUGGAUAUAUAAUAUUAUAAGGACAUUUGGGAUUCUGAGCGAUAAUGUUACGGCCGGCUAAAUUAAAGAUAUCUCGGACGGGCUCUCACUUUUGCGAGAAUAUGUCACGUUGGUUGCAGACGAUAAGUUCAGCGUUCCUGCACCUGCUUACCGUGUGUCUUCUGUGUUUCUGCAUUUAUUCUCUCAAUCUGGUGUUUGGAACCACCAACGAUCAGAGCCAUCUACAUCCGGUAGAGACAUACGGAUACGUUCUGACCUUUUUGCUGUACUUACUAAGAUCUAUUCCAUAUCUGUCAAUACCUUUCGGACUCACAAAUAUUCUAGGUAUUGUUACCAUGAACACGUUUCCACCAGCACCGACAAUGCAAUCGGUCAAGGCCAAAAUCCCAUUCAUGUGUUUCCGGGUCGUGACCCGUGGACUGUAUCCGGAUCUAGUGAAGCGAAAUGUCGAAAGAAAUAUCGAAACAUGCUACAAAGUCGGCCUUGAUAAUUUUAAGUUUGAAGUUGUGACAGACAAUGCUUUGAAUCUACCAAAAUCCGCUUUGGUUAGGGAACUUGUGGUUCCUAACGAGUAUGUUACUAAAAAUAACUCACUAUUCAAAGCACGCGCUCUGCAGUACUGCUGCGAGCCGUCUGUUAAUAUUCUGUCAAACGAUGAUUGGGUCGUCCAUCUUGACGAAGAAACAUUGCUAACAGAGUCAUCAACAAUUGGACUUGCUAACUUUGCGAGCCAGAAACACGGAGAUGUGGGACAGGGUGUAAUUUCAUACGCUAAUGAAGAAAUCGUAAAUUGGUGGACGACUCUUGCGGACAGCGUUCGUGUCUCCGUAGAUCUGGGCAUGAUGAGGUUUAGUUUCAAGAAACUCGGGUGUCCAUUAAUGGGGUUUAAAGGCUCUUACAUCAUCGCUAGAGAGGCAGUAGAAAAAGACAUAGGUUUCGAUUUUGGCCCCAAAGGGAGUGUUGCUGAAGACGUGAUGUUUGCAUUAGUUGCGUGGAGUAAAGGUUACAAGUUUAACUUCGUUGAGGGUGAAAUGUGGGAAAAGAGUCCAUUUACACUCGGAGAUUAUGUAAAACAAAGAAAACGAUGGUUUAUUGGACAUAUGUAUACCCUUCUCAGCGAAGAAAUUCCAUUUAAAUGCAAAAUUGGCAUGAUUCCAACAGACUUAGGCUGGUUCCUGCUAGUUCUGAACAUUUUGAACUUCCCAGCAUCCUUUGCCUUCCCAAUUCCACUUCCGCUUGUGUUGAAUGUAAUUGCCGGAAGUAUGGGUGGACUUAUCGUAUUUUUAUUUGUUUUUGGAUCUAUUAAAUCAUUCAGUUUACGACGAUAUGGACUUAUCAGGAAAAUUUUGUUGAUAUUUGCUACAAUUCCAAUUAUACCACUGGCGGCGUGCAUGGACGCUGUGGCAUCGGUAUACGGGUUUUACACUAGAAAUUCGGUUGGGUUUCAUAUUGUCAAAAAGGAAACCAACCAACUUAGUCAGAAAAGUGAACCAGAAAAUACUUUUGAAGACGUGUAAA